AUGAAAGGUGUAAUGAGAUUUGGAAAGAAAGGAAAGGUUAGCCAAAAGUAUAUUGGUCCAUAUGAGGUACUACAAAGGAUAGGCAAAGUAGCUUAUAGGUUAGCCUUACCUAUGGAGCUAAGUAAAGUGCAUGAUGUAUUUCAUGUAUCUCAGUUAAGAAGGUAUAUCCCUGAUAAGUCACAUGUGUUACAACCUGAAACCAUUGAGUUAGAUCAAAGCUUAACUUAUGAGGAAAGACAUGUCAAGAUCCUUGACAGUAAAGUGUGCAGUACAUGCAAUAAGGAAGUUAAGAUCUUUAAAGUGCUAUGGUCUAACCAAGAGUAUGAGGAAGCAACUUGGGAAGAUGAGGAUGAGAUGAAAAAGAAGUAUCCUGAGUUGUUUAAGGUAUGGUGA